AUGCGCCUCCUGAACACCGAAACAAUCGUCUUGGAGUCAUUCCCAAGCCCGGCAACGCCCGAAAUUCCUGAGUACGUGAUCCUAUCCCACAGAUGGAGAGAUCAAGAUCAAGAAGUCUCUUUCCUGGACAUCCAGCAACGCAAAGCUAGCGACCCCGUGGAGCCGCUGAGGGACAACACGAAAUAUAGUAAGAUCCUAAGCUGCUGCGACGAGGCCCGGCGUGUCGGAUUUGAAUACAUCUGGAUUGACACAUGUUGUAUCAAUAAAUCGGACCAAAUCGAGUUGACAGAGGCACUCAAUUCCAUGUUCCACUGGUACCGAGAUUCAGCGGUGUGCUACGCAUACAUGGCUGACGUGCCGAGCAACGAGGAUCCCCUCGCCGAGGGCUCAAAGUUCACUAGGAGCAAGUGGUUUACUAGAGGAUGGACACUUCAAGAGCUGGUCGCUCCCCAAUAUGUCAUCUUCUUCGGGGAGGACUGGAAAGAAAUCGGGACGAAGUCUAGCUUUCAGGCCCUCAUCACCAAGAUCACCGGGAUCCCGGACCAGGUGCUCCUAACAAACUCAGGGGGGAGUAUCAGCGUGGCGCAGAGAAUGUCGUGGGUGGCGAACAGGAAGACAAGCGUGGAGGAGGACAUGGCGUACUGUCUCUUAGGGCUCUUCAAUGUGACUAUGCCAAUGGCCUACGGGGAGGGGGCCAACGCCUUCCGACGACUGCAGCUCGAGAUCAUGAAGAUUUCAGAUGACCAUACGAUAUUCGCUUGGGCAGGCACGCACCAUGGACGGAGCAGAGGGCUCCUUGCCGCGUCACCGCGGGAAUUCGCAGAUUGUGCGGACGUGAAGACAUAUGGUGAGAGCCCGGCGUUUUCCAUGACGAACAAAGGUAUGACUAUGAAAAUUCCCCUCCUUGAGCACAGCAUGUCACCCGAAGGCAACCAGAUCUUUCGGGGGAUCCUGAGCUGUCAGCGCAAAGGACACGCUAUAUAUCGAGAUCGAUUUCCCAUGGCGAUAUAUCUGGAAAGGCACGGCGGGCCUGACUCGACCAGCUACUCUCGCGUGCAGCCUGGGAAAAUAGAGGAGAUCAAAAAGGAUGUUUCAAAGUUCAAGAAAACGAAAAUUUAUGUCCGGGAGCCUGAUCCCUCGAGCUUCGAUGUGUCAAGCUGGAUGAAACCGGAACCCUCAUACCACUUCAUAUUCACCAUAAAACCACACCCCAAGACCCUACCCACCAUCGAAUUCGCCGAAAUCAAGACUGGCUCUAACUGGGUCGUUACCAAAGACGAAAUCAACCUUACCUUCCCUAACUCUGGCUGCAACUCGAUCCUAGUCUUCAAAUCUCACGACCACGGCCUCUUCGCCAUCUCGCUCGGCGUGCACAAUUACAACGUCUGGGGCGCCAUGACCGUCCCUGUAGACGCGGACAUCAAGCGCAUCGCGUGGGCGUAUUGGGACGGAGAGUUUGAAAUGGCGCGUUGGGAUAACAUGGACCGCCGGAAAUUGGAGCUGGGGAAGGGCCAGGUGGCGACUUUGGCGAUUCGGAAGGGGAGGCGCGAGGGUAAAAAGGUGUACCUGAUUGAAGUUGAUGCCGGGGAACUUUUUUGGCUGGAUAAGGUUGGCCCAGGCAAUUUUCCGGGCUGGUGGGAUUCGGAGAAGAAUGAGAAGGUGAAGAAUGCGUGGACUCCGGGGAGUGGAUAG